AUGAGUGAAAAUAUUCUCUGCCUCGCAAUUGGAAGAUUUGAUGAUAGAUCGAUCCUCGCUGAGCUUAUCCCAAGUGUCUCUAUAAGGCAAGCUAUAAGAAAAGAAAUAUUCUCCCUUCUCUCCGAAAAGCCUGAAGUUGAAUGAAUGGUAUCUUCCGACUCACAAUUUGGCCUGUGAAGCAUGAUUGCGAAUAAUGACAUAUGCUAUAUGUUUUUAGGCCCCAAAAAUUACCCUUCACACCUUGUAAAUUCUCUGCUUUUUGAUAUAAAAACAGCUUUAAAAGACAAAAAAUACUCAGAACAAGAAGUCCUAGAAAUUAUUUUGUGCUAUAGUGAAUUUUUUAAAAUAAUUUUUAAUAAAAAUAAUUUGCAUAUUCUUGUUUUGCAAGUAUAUGUCCCAGAAAUACAGAAAUUCCAAUGGGCAAGACAAAGUUAAGAACUUAACUACACAAGUAAAGCAGGUCCAAGAGCUGGCUUAUGUAGGCAUCCAAAAAGUCCUAGAGAACACAGAAGUCGCUGAAAAUUUGUCUGUGAAAACUGACGAGUUGGCAAGCACAAGUUACUUGCUGAAUCAACAGUCAAAAAGACUGUCACGACAACUGUAUUGGAGAAACUUCAAGCUGAGAUGCAUAGUAGGAAUUGUUAUUGCCGCCGUUCUUCUAUAUUUGAUAUACUAUAUUAAGCUACCUUAACAACAAUUAAGCUAUUUGUCAGCUUUCCAUUACUAAUAUUCCCUAUUAUAAUUUCCUUAUUUUCAGAAGAUGAUAAUUAA